AUGGAUCUGUACACGAUGGUCAUUAGCGCUCUCUGCACGCUGGUGCUGCCGCUUCUGCUCCUGCUCACCGCAGUUAAGCUGUGGGAACUGUACUGCUUCAGUCGCAGGGACAAGCGCUGUAAUUGGCCCCUGCCACCCGGCACUAUGGGGUUACCCUUUUUUGGUGAGACUUUGCAAAUGGUCCUGCAGAGACGCAAAUUCUUGCAGCUGAAGCGCAGAAAGUACGGGCACAUCUACAAGACGCAUCUGUUCGGCGCCCCCACCGUGCGCGUCCUGGGCGCUGACAAUGUGCGCCAGAUCCUGCUCGGGGAGCACAAGCUGGUGUCUGUACAGUGGCCGGCGUCUGUCCGCACCAUCCUGGGCUCUGGCUGUCUGUCCAACCUGCACGACAGCCAGCACAAGGACACCAAGAAGGUGAUCAUGCAAGCCUUCUCCCGAGAGGCUCUGGACAACUACGUGCCGGUCAUGGAGGAGGAGAUGAGGAGCGCCAUCGACCAGUGGCUGCAGAGCGGCCCCUGUGUGCUGGUCUACCCGGCCGUCAAGCGGCUGAUGUUCCGCAUCGCUAUGAGGCUGCUGCUGGGAUUCGAACCCGCGAACAUGGACCCCGCGCAGGAACAGCCACUGGUGGAAGCCUUCGAGGAAAUGAUCCGCAACCUCUUCUCGCUGCCGAUCGACGUGCCCUUCAGCGGCCUCUACAGGGGUCUGCGGGCUCGAGAUAUCAUCCAUGCCAAGAUAGAGGAGAACAUAAAGGAAAAGCUGAGGAGGGAUCCGGAGAGCACAUGCAAAGAUGCACUGCAGCUACUCAUAGAUCAUAGCCGCAAGAACGGAGAGCCGGUGGACCUGCAGGCAUUGAAAGAAUCUGCCACAGAACUCUUAUUUGGCGGGCACGGGACCACUGCCAGUGCGGCUACAUCCCUGAUCACGUUCCUUGGCCUUCAUAAGGGGGUUGUACAGAAAGUCAGACAAGAACUUGAAUCCAAGGGUCUCCUAUCCAAUAAACCUGGAGAAAAGAAAGACCUAAGCAUAGACCUUCUCCAACAGCUUAAAUACACUGGGUGUGUCUUAAAGGAAACCCUCCGACUCAGCCCACCGGUUCCUGGUGGAUUUCGGGUUGCUCGAAAGACGUUUGUCCUAAAUGGCUAUCAAAUUCCAAAGGGCUGGAACGUCAUCUACAGCAUUGCUGACACUCAUGAUGUCGCAGAGAUCUUCCCCAAUAAAGACGAAUUUAAUCCAGACCGAUUUCUAACUCCCUUUCCUGAAGACUCAUCCAGAUUCAACUUCAUUCCUUUUGGAGGAGGCGUACGAAGUUGUGUGGGCAAAGAAUUUGCCAAAAUUCUACUGAAGAUCUUUAUAGUCGAACUGUGUCGAAAUUGUGACUGGGAGCUCUUAAAUGGGGCACCGACUAUGAAGACUGGCCCAAUUGUUUAUCCCGUGGACAAUCUCCCCACUAAAUUCAAACCUUUCAACAGCACAUUUUAAUCACCAACCUGUUGAAUAUGUACAAAAAUCCAUUAUAUAGCAUCUUAUGUGUAUAUAAAGCUUUUAUAACUUGCUUAUUUUAUAUUUAAUUUGUACAGUAACCUAGUUUAUUUAUACAUUUCCCCAGACUUAAAAGACUUAUGAAC